CCCGGGCCCGCGGAUUCGGUGUCGCUCUUCAUCUCCCUCGCAUGCAUCUCCGUCAUGUCCCUCCUUUUUGGGCGCAAGACCGCCGCCACCAAACUCAGUUCGAUUAACUAUGCGCGCGGCCUGGUCGUCGGGCUCUAUCUGGUCUCCUGGCUUUUCUCCCUCGUGGCCGCCAUGCUCGUCCAGACCAACGACUUCAACAAACUUUCCUGCGACCUAUCCAUUUUCAUGUGCAUCCUUCUCUAUGCUCUAUCCAAAGUCCUCAUCUACUUAUUCCUCAUCGAACGGGUCCACAUCGUCACCGCCGUCGGAAUUACUCGCUGGAACUGCCCCAUGUUCAAAUUCAAUAUGCUCCUGCUCCUGCCCUACAGCGGCAUCUUCGUCCUCGCUAUCAUCUACCGCAUCGCCAAUAUGGGUCCCGACGGCAUCUGCAGGAUCGGACUCGCCCGACCCGCGGGCGUGCCCUUGAUCAUCUACGAUAUCUUCAUCAUCAGUUGGUUGACCGCUCUUUUUCUAAGGGCACUUCUCUCCUCGACAUCGAUGCUUCAGGGUCCAACAAAGAGCAGGUUGCGAGAGGUGGCCCGCAGGACAUUGAUGGGAUCCAUCUGGGCUUUGAUUCUCUCAGGUGCCAACAUCGCCGCCUUGGUCUACUUCAACGGAUACGAGCGCGGAUUGACCUGUAUGGCAUCAUGUACCGUGGACGUGACCCUAAACGCCAUCACCAUCCACUGGGUCACCUCGCGUGCAUCCAAUUCG